UCAUGUGAUUAUUCAUUUUUUUGUCCACCCCGUCGUGGUGCAACUUUGGCCGUUUCGGAAACUGGAAUACUACUUGCAAUUGGUGGUCUUAAUAAAUCAGAAGAAUACAGUAAUUGUGUUUAUGAACUUGAUCUUACUUCUACACCAAAAACGUGGAUACCUACAACGCCUUUGCGAAGAUUAAGAAAAUUGUUUACUGUUUGCACUCAAGGAAAGUAUAUUUACGUGGUAGGAGGUCAAGGUACUUUAGGUGAAUUAGUAUUGAACUCAGUAGAAUAUUAUGACAUAUAUUCAAAGGAAUGGGCCGAAAUAAAACAGCCAAUGCCAAACGCUCGGAACUCAUGCAGUUCUAUAAUUCACAACUCUUGUUUAUAUGUUUUUGGCGGAAGUGAUGGUAAAAACUUUUCAAGUAUUGUUGACUGUUAUAAUCUACAAAAAGAACAUUGGACGCAGUGUAAUCCUAUGCCAACAGCUACUGCUACAACAGGCAUUACAAGUAGAGGAAACGAUUUAUAUUUAUUUGGCGGUAUUCCUUAUUCAACAUCCAAAGGUGCUUACAAAAUGAACUUAAAUAAUUCAAAAUGGGAUACGCUUCCUGAUAUGAUCAAGGCAAAAAUGUAUGCGAAUGCCGUUACUAUUGAAAACGAUUUAUUUGUUGUGGGAAAAAAUAUCAACUGGCGGUCCACAAAAAAUGAGAAAAGACCUGAGGUAGUCUUUUGUGAAAGAUAUAUUGCUGAAAAAAACACAUGACAAGUGAUUAACACAUCAAAUAUAUUAAGCGACUAUGAUCACAUAAUUUGUCUUAAUGAUGCGAGAUUGAAAACAUUUAAUAUUGACAUUUUAUAAAAAUGUAAAUAUA